AUGAAGCUCUUCAACUUCUGCAUUGGCCUGGUUCUCGGCCUCGCCAUCCUCGUUGGCGCAGCUCCCACCCCCGAGGAUGGUGUCUCAGACAUCGAAUUUGUCCCUCUCAACGUCACCGUUCCCAUGAACACGACCGCUAGUGCUGGCUACGACCCUUCAUACGAGUACCACGACUACUCCACGGUACAAGUCUGGAUUGGUGUGACCCAACAGACUGUAGGCUGGGUCAUCGAGAAGGAACUCUAUGAGACUGUCUGGUCCCAGCUCGACCGCUACUGUCCCGACAACUCGAAAGAUCGUUGGGGUGGCAAUAAGUGGGGUUCGUGCCGCGAUCCAAAGGGCCUAGGUUUCCCUACUCAGUGUCUCAUCAACCCGCCCUUCGGCAAUGGCCAGUGCGAAACCACGAUUCAUGACAUCUGGGGCGAGUGGGAGAACGACCAGAUCCGCCGACUCCUCAUCGGCAGCAUCGCCGGCACGCUCGAGGCUCUGACUAAGGAUCAAGCCAUUAUCGGCCCGUCCAACUGCUUCUCUCUUGGCAAUCGCAAGGCCUGUAAUGUUGGAGACAAGGUCCGCGUGAACUUGCCUCCGACGGGUAACAACCAGCGGAACUACAUGCAUGUUCGCAUCUUCAACUACCACAGCCAGUACAGCAACUUCCGUUGCUGCGAGACUCGCGAAAAUGUCGAUCGUGCCAUUGAUGGUCUGGGCAACGAGAUGGUGGACGUCUUCCCUCAGUGGUGGAACCGUGAGUUCGUGCGCGAUACUCGAUGCAUCAUCGACGGGUGGAAGUCUUGCUAG